GUAACAGAUGCGCCGAGCACAGUUGCUUCUCUCUCGUUCUUGCGCUUGUUCUCGCACUGCCCCACUUGCAGACUUUCGCAGGUGGGGGGGGAUAAAUGAAAGAAACAACUACCAGGAACAAACAGUCAAUCUGACGAAGCGAGGACAAUUGGAAUAAGAAAAAGCAAAAUACGAAUGGGAACUGCUAAAAAUAACUGCCACGUCAAAGACUGCCUUGAUAGCAUCCGUCAUGUCUCUUUCCUUUUUUUUCUAUCCUGUUUUCUGGAUACCUGUUCUGAUCCACAGGAUUAAAAAUGACUUAAAAUUCAAUCAACGGCCGAGGAGGGAGACGGAGGGAUGAAAAAAGAGGGGGUUUGUCCUCUGAACAGAUUCAGCGGCAUACAGCUGGUGAGAGCAAGAGCGAGGGAUCGUUAGAAAGAGAGAGAGAGAGAGAGAGAGAGAGAGAGAGAGAGAGAGCAGGAGAGAGGGAGAAAAGGUCUUCUCUCUUUUAAAGGAAGUGAUUUGUCUGACUUUGCUGUCUCUCAGGACUAUUCUUCAGUCAAGGUUCAAUGUGUUCAACGAACAGGAGACAUUUUUCUGUUAGAGGACGUUAAGGAUCUGUAAAUGGGCUUCGCUGAUACUUUGCACCACGAGACUAUUGGAAGCAAAAAGAAGAUUCUUUAAAAAGAAAAGAGAUGCCAAAAAUGAAAAAUGAGUGAUGAGCAUAAGCAGAUUCAAAUGAAUCGAUGUACAGAAGAGGCAGGUGGAAAGAAGGAAGUGUGAGGGGGAAAAGGAGAGCGACAGCAGAGCCUGAAAGACUACAAGAGGAAAUGUGCUGUGUGUGAUGACCCCUGAGAACAUUCUGGAAAAACUGUGAAUAAAGUUCAGCGCAUUUCACAGCAAAGCUUACAUGGAUACAAAUGUGUAACCACAGACCUAUCUCCAUUUAAAUCUGGGUGUACAUGUGUGUAUGUGUGUGUGGAGAGGACAGACAAUCCGCUCUGAAAAGAGGAUAUACACCUGGACAUGGAUAUGGGCUCAGUCACACACACAUACGCACCUACACAAAGGCCUGGAAACAAACUUAUGACUGCAGGCAUGAGCUGAUUGAGUCUUGUGACUGACACAGACAACAAAGGUCUGUGGAUUUACCCCCCUUCUACCAUGCAAGCCUCCCUACCCCCCAAAUCUGAAAAAUCAAACCCAUCACUCAUUUUACAUCACCAUCCAAGUAAAACACCUUCUUCAUCUCUCUCUUUUCAUCCAUCAAUCCAUUCUUACUCAUCCAUCCUUAAGCCUAAACUCGUCCCAUCAGAAACACCUCUUUAUCCAAAAUACCCCUGCGGUUUUCUGGCCCAUUCCAUACCAUUCCCAAGCUCACCCCUACCCUCACUUCACUGGCUGACACUGGUCACAUGUGCCUGCUUGCUACCUGCCUUGAUUGGACGGUUACCUGGAGCUCUGGCAGGGGAAACGUGGGGCGUGGUGUCUUCAUGCCCUUUUCACUGCGUGUGCCGGAACCUUUCAGAGUCUCUGAGCACACUGUGUGCAGACAAGGGCCUCCUCUUUGUUCCACUAAACAUUGACCGCAGGACUGUUGAACUCCGCCUUGCUGACAACUUCAUUAGAGAAGUGGGUGGCAUGGACUUUGUCAACAUGACCGGCUUGGUGGAUUUAACAUUGUCACGAAACACCAUCAGCUACAUCAAGCCAAUGGCAUUCGCAGAUCUUGAAAGUCUCCGUUCAUUGCACUUGGAUGGAAAUCGACUGACGGCACUUGGUCCAAGAGACUUGGUGGGUAUGUUAAACCUACAGCACCUCAUUCUAAAUAACAACCAGCUUAUCAACAUUUCCUCUGAUGCCUUUGAUGAUUUUCUCUUCACGCUGGAAGACUUGGAUUUGUCUUACAAUAAUCUGCGCAAAGCACCAUGGGAGGCCAUCCAAAACAUGGCCAGCUUGCAUACGCUCAAUCUUGACCACAACCUUAUUGACCAGAUUGAAGAAGGGUCAUUUGGUGAGCUCUACAAACUUGCUCGGCUAGACAUGACUUCUAAUCGGCUUCAGACUCUACCACCUGACCCCCUGUUUGCCAGAUCUCAGACAGGAGUAAUUAGCCCUACUCCCUACAACUCAGUAAUCAGUUUGAACUUUGGAGGAAACCCUUUGCACUGUAACUGUGAGCUGCUUUGGUUACGGAGACUAAUUCGGAGUGAUGAUAUGGAGACUUGCGCUACACCAGUUCACCUGGCAGGACGUUACUUUUGGUCAAUACCUGAGGAGGAAUUUACUUGUGAGCCUCCACUUAUCACUCGUCAUACACACAAACUCUGGGUCUUAGAGGGCCAAAAGGCGACGCUCAAAUGCCGAGCUAUUGGAGACCCUGAACCAGUGGUUCACUGGGUCUCACCUGAUGAUCGGAUUAUUGCUAACUCUAGUCGUACCACCUCAUUCCGUAAUGGAACACUUGAAUUCUUAGUGACUGUGGCCCGUGAUGAUGGUGCUUACACCUGCAUUGCAAUCAAUGCUGCUGGUGAGGCCACUGCGCUUAUCGACCUUAAGGUCAUCCCUCUUCCUCACCGAGGGAAUGGGACAGUGUCUUUAGCUCGUGACCCAGGCUCAUCAGAUAUUACCAGAGGAAAAACAUCCAAUGGGCAGACCCCUAGUCAGGACACUAACACAGACCCACAGGAAGGGAGAGAAGAAGUUGAGGCCGAGGAUGGAGUAAGUGAAGGAGGAGAAGACCAGUUCGUCGAGGUACAGGGGGUGACCUCAACCUCAGCACAGGUUCGGUGGGAUAUAGGCCGACUUUCAAGCACAUUCUUGGUUUGGAUGUACCAGAUACAGUAUAACUGCACUGCAGAUGAAACUCUGGUGUACCGAAUCUUGCCCUCUACGAGUAACAGCUUCCUCCUGAAGAAUUUGGUCUCUGGAGCUGACUAUAACCUGUGUGUUUUGGCCAUUUUUGAUGACACGGUCACCUCCAUGGCUGCUACAAAAGUUCUUGGGUGUGCUCAGUUCAGCACCAAGGAUAAUUACCCAGACUGCCGUUCACUCCAGGCCCAUUUUCUGGGUGGGACUUUGACCAUUCUGGUGGGCGGAAUCGUGGUGGUUACAUUACUGGUGUUUACCGUGGCGCUUAUGGUGCGUCACCGGGUCUGCAGUAAUCACAGCAAUCAUCAUAGCGCUAGUGGAGAAGUUGGCUGCUCAGGAUCGAACUCGUCAGCGCCAGGGAAAGGAGCCAACAUCUUUUCACAGAGAAAUAGCAGUGGGGAGGUAAUGAUGGUGGUCUUACCUAAUGGGCUGCCUCAAAAACAAAGAGGUGUAGAAGGAGGAGGAGGAGUGGAGUCAUCAUCAAAGCUGUCUCCUACUCAGAAACCCCAAACACUGCCUAAGCCCAAAGUGAAUCUGGAGCAGCUAAAGGCAGGGGUGGGAUCAAAAAAAGCCCUUCCGCCUUAUACACCAGAGACUGAACGGAUGCCAAUGUACUACACCCCCAGGAAGCCGUCCCCAUCUACACUGCCACGCCAGUCUCGUCAGUCAGAGGCAGCACUGACUAAACUUCAUUCCACAAAUAGAGACAUAGAAAAACAGGCUGGCUUUAGCCUCGUCCCCCCAUCUCACGCUGAUCGGCGGUUCAGCACAGGAGGGUCUGUUGUAGUCCGCAGAGGAGGCAGAGAAGGCGGAUAUAAUUCAAAAACAGCUUAUCAGAGCUCAGGCUUAAGCGUUGCACGCCACAGACGUAGCUCCUCGUUUGACAUGGGCAACAUGGCGGCCACGACCUGCUAUAGUUACGCCAAGCGUCUGAGUGUCAUCUGGAGCAAACGAAGUCAGUCGCUGCAUGGCAUGCUAGCUCAGUGCGCCUCCACGAACAGCAUUUCCACCACCAGCAGUGGCAGUGGAGAUUUUCACGUGAGACCCACACGUAGUGCUCUCCAUUCGUACAAAUCCAACACCAUGCCUUCAAGCACAGCCAAAACACACACAGAGAAAAAUAGAGACAAAGCUAAAGAGAAAGGAAAGGCAAAAGAUAAAGGUGAGGAACUGGAAGAAAGUGUGGUGUAGACAGCAAGGGCUACAAGUUUGAAAAAAGAAAUUAAGAGACCUUAUAAAACAAGAGGGGUGACUGUGGACAGACCUAGAUGAAAGAGGGAGCGUUAAAGAGUGCAGUGUGUGGUGUGACACGUGGUAGUGGAAGACUGACUGAGGGAAAGGUUGAGUGGAGUAAUGAAAGGUGGAGAAAAGAUGUCAUGGUAGGGGGAAAAAGGGAACAGACAUAAAAAGGUACAAGGAGGGAAGUAGGUGGAAAAAGGAGAGCAGAGUCAAGAAUCAGGCUAAUGUCAAAUGGACUAAAAAAGAGAGAACACAUUGGUGCAUAUCCUGCGGGACUGGUGUCUAAGUGGAUUCUGAACCAACACAGAAAUUCAAUCUCUCCAACAAGCCUAUAAAGUGUGAAUAGAGGAGCUAAAUAAAGGCCAGGUAUUUGGCCUAUUUUCAAACAAAAAUGAAAAAACUUCUAACACAGUGCAAAGAGACAGAUUGAUGCCAUUUCAGCAAUGAUCAAUUAGCUAUACUGUCACCAGGAUUAUGGAAGUAGAGACGCAGCUGGAAACGCUGAGUCAUGCCUAAUCAAUCAGAUAUGAUCCACAGAUAUAGAGAAAGCUGCCUUUGCAGCAACCUGGAAGCAAACACGAAGAGACAUGGGCAUGAAUUGCAGCACCGGAAUGAUGAUAAAAUGACUGGGGACAGAUUUAGCACAUAAACAAAUAAAUGGGCACUGACUGAGGAUGAAUGGGAUCAGUUACGGUUUGUGUUUAUGUAUGUGUGUGUGUGUGUGUGUAUGAGUGUGUGCCUAUGGAGCAUUCAGCGUGUAUAUGGACAAGGAAGAAGACUCCUUUUGUUUACUUCUGUGAUGCUCCAUGUAACCAUAAUCAUCCAGACUGUGGUCUGACAAACUGAUACUGAUCCGUUAUUGUGGACAGGGUCGUUGAAAAAAUCAUAAAGACUACAUA